CUCUUCUCUUUCAUCUUCACCUACUUUCGUCUUACGUUUGUUUUGCCCGCGAGAUACCCACCCAUUAUGCUAUAGCGAACGAAUCGAGCCCAAUUGAUCACGACCGUGACUGUGACCGUACCUGGAGGACGCACGCCGUCGAGCAUGCGAGUGGGAGAAGGACCUCGCCAUCCCGUACGAUAGCCUUUUGGUCCAGAGAAGGAGAGACUCUCGCCGUCCAUCCGUCUCUUGUUUAUUGAGACUCCCAGCCAUCUACCCAUCACACCACCUUGGCUUCAACCAUGGACUUCUGGAAGAGCAAGGCAGACAACGCGCCGGCCGCCAAACGGAUAUCAACACCAGCUGGCCAACGCCUAUCCGUUAUCCUUGAAAAUGGCGAUGCCGCAAAUCGAACACGUGAUCGAGCGUCGGUGCGAAAGAGCGGUAUGCUAGCGACGUUUGGAGAUGCGCCGCGAGAAAGCAUUGAAGAGCAGAGUGGGAGCGGGUAUUCGACGAGCGUGUGGUCGGACGGAGAGAAGCUGAGCCGGUUAAAAAAUAACAAGCAGAUUGCCAAACGGGGCGGCUGGAAACGACUGUUGGUUAUUGUCGCAGUGGUGCUGGCAUGCAUCAUUGCGCUGGCUGUAGGAUUGGCUAUAGGACUGAAAAAGAAGAAGAGCUCAAAUGACGACUCCCAGCAACCCGCCGCAGCAGGCGCUUCAUCGACCGCAUCACCCGUCUCUCCAUCCUCACUUCCUCCCAACUUCCCACAAGGCACAUACAGCAUGGUGACCUUCCUGGACACGGUGCAGACAAAUUGCACAUCGAACCCUGCGACAUGGACAUGCUACCCGUACACGGAUUACAACACCUCACCUUCAAAGUCUCUCGCGACAUUCAACUGGAUAAUAAGCUCUCCCUCAUCAGGAAAAUACCAAAUCUCUUCCACCGACAACCCAUUCAGCAUAUCCUUCAAGAACACCGACCUGGAGCUCCUGGACCAAGGAAAAGACACAGAGCGAUACCGGUUCCAACUAUCAUCGACGAAGACUGUGAGCCCGAGUACCGGACUAACAAAGGACAACGAGGCCGCGAGCUGCGAGUUCCAAGGCACGAGUCUGCAAGCAGUCCUGUACACCAAGAUGGCGAAGGGAUACCCAGACGCAUCCAAGGGCGAAAGCGACGGCAGCCCAAGCUAUCCCGUCUGGCCAUUCGCCGUCCGCGUAGAACAAUCCGUCGGCGGCGGCGAAUCAAUACCCUCGUGCAAGGCCAGCGGAUCAGGAAACUCGAUAACGGAAGGGCUGGAGCCCCAGGACGCCGGAUCGCUCUGCUCGUGCCUAUACAAGAACUGGCGGACGCCUUCGCCUUACUAAUCUCUCCGGUCCUU